AUGGCGGGGGGCGGAGGCCCUCCGGGUGGGCCGCGGGCCUCGAACCUGACGCGGGCGACGGCUCUGACGCAGUCGCCCACGGGCGAGUCGCCCACCAGUGCGCUCAGGUUCCCGCACAGGGCCGCGAGCGUGCUGAGUUUUCUGCUGGCUAGCGUCAGGACGGCCACGAGGAGGAAGACAGGGAAGUUCUACGAGGUCGACAUCCAGGGCGGAGUUCUAUCGAUGAUGCAUCGUCUCUACCAAUCCCAGGACGACCCAGAGCAUCAUAUGUUGCUGCAGGAAGACUCCAUCAUCCCCACAGAGAUUACUGAUACUGCGUCCCCUUCCCCCCUGGACAAGUACCUCAUCCGCUGCUUCAAGCACGAACUAGCAAAGGUAAUUGCUGGGGUCAUGUUGGUUUCGACUUUAAUCACCGCUUUAGCCGCGCCUUUGACCUUUAUAUGGGGUGCCACGUGGGAGGAGAGGGAAUUGGUUCCUGGUGGCACGAAAAUCCUAGUGAUCGACGUGUUCAUGGAUCUUGUUUUUCUGAUGACCUGUCUCCUGAGCCUGAACACGUCGUAUAUGGACCCAAAGUACCGUAUGGAAGUUCUGGACAGACGUAAGAUCCUCAAGCGAUGUGUGAGCAGCAAAUUCUACGUUUGGUUGAUUUUUACUGCAACCUGCCACUUCUGGACAUCUGUUGCGCGCGCCCCGAUGCUCAUCAACGUGGUCAAGAUCACGCGCAUGUGGCUGCUUUUCGACCUGCCCGACGCCCUCAUCUGGUGGCGUGACCGGCGGCGCUACCGAUUCGGCAGGCUAGUAUUGCUGGUGUUCGCCGGGUCGCACUGCGUGGCGUGCCUGCUGGCGUGGGGCACUGGGUACCGCGAGACGGCUGAGGAGCAGGGCUACGAUCAGUUCGAGACCAAUUUCAACGGCGAGACUAUAUCAGGAUGGCACUCGUUGUACUGGAUGGCACUGGUGGAGUCCGUGUUCCUCCUCACUGGAGGGCUUGACAACCCUGUUGGCGACGGCAGCUUGCGCGACCGGAACUUUGGAUCGCUCGUAUUUGUAACCAUAAUGGGUCCAGUCGGUUGUCUCGUUGUGGCUAUUCUCAUCUCGCAUGUCACCCGAGAGCAGACUUUGAAGUACGCUUUGGACAUGCACCAUGAAGAGAAAAAAGCUUUCAUGAGAAGCGCCAUGGAAUUUUUGAUGAUUCCUGACAAUCUGCAGCGGCGAGUAUUCAGCCUCCAUUACUUCCAGAGGAUGAGCCACGACAAGCUGGCCUUGACGGAGCUGCUGAAGUCAGACAACCUCAGCAAGCCACUCGAGCUCUCCCUGAGGCUGUUCAUAUACCGCAGGGUGGUCAUGUCUGGCUUCUUCGACACGACGCAUCAGAACUACAUUUUGGAGGUUGUGCGGGUCCUCGAGGACCAUAUCUACAUCCCAGGCGACUACGUAUGUCGCAGGGGCGAGAUGGGCGCCGAGAUGUUCUUCGUGAACCAGGGCCAGCUGGACGUGCUAGUGCCUGGCGCCCCGCCGGGCACCGAGGAGGGCGAGGACGUCGAGAACGCGUUCCAGCUCCCCUUCAAGAAGAAACCGGGCGAAUACUUCGGCGAGAUCGUGCUCAUCCGGCGCAGCUGCCCCCGUACCGCCUGGGUGCGCGCCGACGGGUACGUGGUGUGCGCCGUGCUCACGCGCGACAACAUCGAGACGAUCUGGACCUUCUUUCCGUGCGAGCGCGAGAAGGUCGUGAAGAACGUCACGAAAACGAUCAAUAAGGACCGCUGGCGAACGGUCAAGAACAAGGCCAGAGACAUGCGGGGCACGAUGGCGAAGGUGAAGAGGGCUGGCACGAUGGAGAGGCCUCGCUUCGGCACGGACCUGACGCAGUCCUUGCCGGUAGCCGCCGCCGCCACGGACCUGACGGAGUCCUUGCCGGUAGCCGCUUCCGCCUCCGAUGGAGCAGCCUGUGCCGCCCCCGAUAGAGCGGCCGCGCGCGCCGCGGCGCCCGUGCGCCUGAGCUUUGCGAACGUCCACGAUGCGAUAGCAGCGGAGAGCAGCGAGGCGGCGGCGGCCCUGGAGGUGCCCGAGGACCCGGGCCCGCGCGGGCUCGACGAGACCUGCGCCCUCAUCCUGGAGGGCCAGAAGGCCAUCCAGGCGCAGAUCGCGGACGUGGCCCGCCGCCAGGCCGCGCUCGAGGCGGCGGUGCACUCCCGGGGCGCCGCCCCCCCACGGCGGGCGGCCCCGGCCGCGGGCCCCGCGGCCGGGGGCUCGCUCUCGGGCCCGGCCGCGGCCGCCACGGGCCUCUGGGCCUCGCUCUCGGACGCCGACUCGGAGGCCUUCGGGGACAACCCGUGGGGGCCCCGUGUGCCCCGCAGCGAGUGUGCGGCAGGCCCGCGAGCCCUGCGGCGGCGGCGGUGCCGCUGCACCGCGGGCGCGGGCGGCGAGCACCCGCAGUCCGAGGGCCAGGACGCCUCGCCGCGGGCUGGCGCACUCCGUGUCGAUGCCCGCGUGACGGCGCCGAGGCGGCUGCAGUGGGUGGUGGUGCGCGUGCGUGCGUGCGUGCUGGUGCUGGUGCUGGUGCUGGUGCUGGUGCUGGUGCUGGUGCUGGUGCUGGUGCUGGUGCUGGUGCUGGUGCUGGUGCUGGUGCUGGUGCUGGUGCUGGUGCUGGUGCUGGUGCUGGUGCUGGUGCUGGUGCUGGUGCUGGUGCUGGUGCUGGUGCUGGUGCUGGUGCUGGUGCUGGUGCUGGUGCUGGUGCUGGUGCUGGUGCUGGUGCUGGUGGUCCAGCAGAACCAGCAGCACGCACAGCUCAGCGCCGAGCAGCAGGCCGAGCGCGACGCGAAGAUGAGGGAGGACUUCAAGGCGCGCCGGAACGCCCUGCAGCAGUUGAAGGCCCAGCAGGAGACUGGGCAGCUCGACAAGGACGGGCUCGCAAGAGUGAUGGGCAACCUCGGCACCAGGAAGGGCGCGGCCACGGGAGGCAAGCGUAAGCCGAUGUGGGCCAUGACCGAGGCCGAGAAGGAGGACGCCGAGGAAGCGGACGCAGACGAGCUGAUCAAGUUCGCCGAGGAGCUGGACUUCGACAGCUACCUCGGCGACCUGGAGUUCCGGCAGUGCCUGCAGGCGAUCCGCGACCGUGCGAAGAAGCUCCAGCGAGAGCAGGACUUCUUCAAGGCCUCCUUGGUGGGUGAGUUCAACGCCGCCGCGGAGGGCAGCGACAGCGGCGGCGAACCGGAGCAGGGCGGGCCUACCUCUGGCGCCAGCAAAGGCCCCCGGCGGGCACGUGCCGGCAGCGACGCCGCCUCGCGGCCGGACUGGGACGCGUCCACCGCCUGCGGUGACGCGGCCGCGGCCGCGCCGGAGGGCGACACGGCUACGCAGUCGAUCGCCAACCGUGCCAUGGAGUCGAGCUCUCAGAUGCGGGCGAUACACUCGAAGGUGUCCAUGCAAAGGCUCGUGAAGAGCGCCCAGGGCAGCCAGCAGGGCAGCCAGGCGGGCGAGCAGUGCAUCAGUCGAAUCUACCAGCCCAUCCUUGACUUGCUCAAGCAGCACCACACGGAGGAGUUCCAGGCUGUUCAGGAGGAGCUCAACAUGUGGGGUAUCUCGGCUGAACAGAUCCAGCAGAUCUUCAACUCUGCCCACCGCGCUGAACGGAUCGGCCAGUACCUGCGUGGGGAGUUGCUCGGCCUCUGCCCCAACACUGGCGUCGUUUGGUUUGGAACCGCGUCGCUUGACAUGAAGAGCGCAUUUCCCAGUGUCCUGCCCCUGUUGAUUUGGGCGGUGCCCAAGGAGAUGAACCUGCCCAAGCACGUGCGCCGCGCGAUCCGAUCAGUGGUGCUCCUGCUCUGGAAGGUCUGCGGGUGGGCGUUCUCGGCGGACUCGCAGCCGUGGGCGCGCCUCCCAGCGGCCGGGCAGAACGGAAAAGGGUGGCUGCGCGUGUGCCUGAGCGCCGGCGGCGUGGGCGCGCUCUGGGCGGCGGCGGCGAUCGCCGGCGGGCCGCCCGCCGCCGCGGCCGCCGCCGCCUGCACGGCGCAGCUGUUCACCGACGGCGAGUUCAACACGGCCACCACCGCGGGCGCGCCGCUGGUCCUGGGCCCGGGCGGGCACGCCCUGCUGGGCCUCGCUCGGCGCGGCGCCGUCGACCUCGGGCGGUGGCUGGAGAACGGCGUGAGGUCCGUGAUCCUCGAGGGCCCGCCAGGCACGUGCUCGCUGUCACUCUACGAGCGGGAGGACCGGUCCGGGUGGCGCGUGGACCUGGGGCCUGGCCGCUACACGGCCUGCUUCCUGCAGGCGCAGGGCGUGCCGCCGCGCCCCCCGGGGUACGCGCACGUCGGCCCGUGGAGCGAGGCGCUCAGCGCGGGCAUCGCCCUGGCCGUGCCGCGGUCGGCCCACGUGCGGCGUGGCCCAGGCAGGAUCGCGCGCACGAACUCGUUCCAGCACUUCGAGCUCGCCUUCGCGCUGCGGGCGCCCCGCGGGCGGGCCUGCCCCGCGGCGGCGCCGCUCCUCGAGGUGCGCACGUCGGGCCUCACGGCGCGGGGCGAGCACUUCAACGCCUCCGACGGCGACCCAUGGCCGCCAUAG